CGGUCCCUCACCACCCCAAGCAACUGCACCUCACAUCGCUCCGACAAAAAAUGGCUGCCCAGAAUCCUCCCUCCCAAAGUCGUCUUUCCACGCGCAUCUCCCUGCGCUGGGUGCCAGAACCUGCCUUUGAAAAUACCGACACGAUAGUCAUGUCCGUCGCGGGCUGGUACGUCGACCUUCGCGUGGACAAAGAAACGGGGGGCAUCGAUUGGGCUAUUGCCGGUCAACGUGUUGUUGAUAGCAAUGACUCUAGUCGGGUGGCAUUUACCCAUGAACUCGACUCUAGAAACUCCUUUGACGCGGUCGAUUGUGGCACCUUUUCCUCGCUUCCUAAUGGCGAUGAUCUUGAAGAAGGCGAGAUGCCUCGUGCUGAUCUCCCUGGCUGUCCGAUUGCGCAGUAUGAAGAGGUCUGGCGAGAGCUGGAGUUUAGGCAGGGACCGGAGGGCCAUAAUAAGGGUGUUUCAUGGGUCCUUGAGUCCAAGGCACGGUCCUUAGAUGAAGGAGAGGAGGCUGAAAUCUCGAGGACCUUUAUCGGAAGAGUCUGGGGCACGUAUCUGGCUCUGCGCCAGGUUCAAGUGCAUAGCCGUCCGAAAGGUUCAUCUACCACAAUCGUCAAAGAGGGGAAGGAUGUGAGUGCUCGAAGAGAGGAGUGGGAUGCAUCUGGAUGGCAGGUCAAGCACUGCAUAGGUCCAGAUUAUCUGCCCUCCAUGAAUGCCAUUGAAGAUGGUACAUGGCAAACUGGCCAGACAGUUAGUAUCGCAGGAAUUGAAUACACAGUGCGAGCAUUUGAAAGUCUAAGGACAUAGCGGUAUCUGGCCUUGCCAGCGUUCAUGUCCACAACGGCCUGGUUAGCGUCCUUCAUGGGACGCUCCUCGAUCCAAGGGCGAACGUUCUUCUCGGCAGCCAGUUCGAGCAUCUCGCGGAUCUCGUUGGGGCCUCCGAUCAGGGAACCUCCGAGCUUGAGACGCUUGGCGAUCAAAGAGAAAGCGGGGAUGGUAAGGGCGCCGUCCUCGGGGGCACCGACCUGGACGAAGCUACCGUCAAGGUCGAGGAGAGCGGCAUAGUCGGACAUGGGCAUCUACAACUGUUAGC